AUGGCAGGGGUUGGUGUAGGUGCGGGAGGGCAUCCUGCAAUACAGGCAUGUAAGGAUGCCCAGAGAGGAACGGUCAAUAUUUCGGUCCACAUGCGGCCACUUCUAUGUGUUCUCCGCAUCGGGCUCUCGGCAUUGUACCUUGGGCCCACGAUGGCGACGACAGAUGAUGUGAUUCACUUUUUGGCGGAGUCAGCACCCCAAGCGACCAACCGACUUAUUGAGGCGGGCCUAGCAGCAA